AUUAGGGUACCCUGGAUCCAUGAUGGUCAAUAUUAAUAUAUACUACUAUUCACUUACAGUUUAUCAGAGAAUUCAAACUCUGAACUUCAUCACAAUUAUUGUUCUUAUUUUCUCUAAGAACCACAAUAUUAUGGAGGAAGACGAACAAAAAAUAGCAAUUAUGAGGAAAGCUUUCCAAAUGUUUGAUACAACGAAAUCUGGAUUCAUUGAUACUUUAAAAAUAAGUACAAUCUUAAAUACAAUGGGCCAGUUAUUCAAUGAUUCAGAACUUGAUAGAUUAAUAGAUGAAGUUGAUCCUGAUGGAACUGGAAGAGUCAAUUUUGAUGGUUUUUGUCAAAUAGCAGCACAUUUUCUUGAGGAAGAUGAUGAUGAAGCUAUGCAAGAAGAAUUAAAAGAAGCUUUUCGUUUGUAUGAUAAGGAAGGUAAUGGAUACAUAACAACUGCUACAUUAAGAGAAAUAUUAGCAGCUUUAGACGAUAAACUAGGCCCUGAUGAUCUAGAUGGAAUUAUAGCUGAAAUCGAUACUGAUGGAUCAGGCACAGUUGACUUUGAUGAAUUUAUGGAAAUGAUGACAGGGGAAUAAGAAAAAAUUUAUUUGAACAAUAUUUUUAUUUUAACUGAUAUUUUAAUUGAAUGCAUUUAUUUAAUGAAAAUUAUAAAAUGUAUUACUGACAAAAAACUGUUACAAAUAAUUAAUUUGCCUCAUUAUAAAUGAUGAAAUUCA